AUGGCUCUUUUCUUUCGAAGACGCUUGGCAGCCCUCGACCUGGACACGAGCGAAUCGUUUGACUGCUUCGAUGCGAUUGGACACGGCCUCUACCAACAGCGCCUCUUCUUUCUCACUUUCGUCUUCUCCUUCCUCGUGCACGUCAACAUACUAGCCUUCUAUCUCAUAUCGGGUGACGUGGACCACUGGUGCCGGCCACCGGCUGACUGGACUAUGUCCGUCGCCGCCUGGAGGAACUCGGCCAUUCCUUUGGAGGCGGACGGCAGUCCCAGCCAGUGCACCGUCUACAAGAAUCCGGGCGACCCGAACGACACCGAAGUGGUCGCUUGCGACCGCUGGGACUACGAUCCGAAGAACGAGAAAAGGACCAUCGUGAGCGCCUGGAACCUGGUAUGCCACCGGCGACCUCUGAUCGCGGUCAUACAGCUCGUGUCCCUCGCCGGUUCCGUCGUGUUGCCCAGCAUUGCCGGCUACCUGGCGGACUGCGUCGGUCGCCGCCCCGUGCUCCUGAUGUCCGCAGCCAUGCUCAUUGUGGGCACGUGCGGCAGCUGCUUUGCCGACACGUACGUCGUGUACGUGGUGAUGAGGUUUGUCAACUCUGGCUGCGCGGGCGCGGCCGCCCUGGUGUCCUGCAUGCUGGCGUUCGAGGUGACCAGGCACGAGUACCGAACGACAUACACUGUUGCGGUCACACUGAUGGCCGUCUUGCUCUCCGAGCUGUGGGGCGACAUGGUCAGGCAACUCAGCCUCGAAAAGUUUCUGCUCCAAGCGAUCUUCCUGGCGCCCACAGCCGUCGCAUUCAGCACGUUCUGGUUCGCCGACGAGUCUGCACGCUGGCUCAUUUUUAGCAGAAAGAUGACCUCGGCCGAGGCAGUCAUGUUGGUGGCCGCGAAGAUGAACAACGUUCCGCUGCCCACUACGGCCUGUCUGCUGAACAAGCUAAAAGCGGAGGCGCUCAAAUGCGAGGAGCGUCUCAGAACGCCGGCGAUGCGCGGCGAAAACUCGUGGGCGAAUUACAUACCACUACGGGCGCACUUCAUGUUCGUCACAUAUUUCUCUGCCUCAUUCACGUACGUUGUGCUGCUCCAGUCGUCGCUGAAGACACUAGACUCGUGGGCCCGUUGGCUGUCGCUAUCCGCCAACAUGCUGACGACUCUGCUCACAUACACACUCAUAGGUCGGGUAAGGCCGCUGGAACUGCUCAUGCGCAGCUGCGGUCUUCUCGGCGGCCUCGUCUGCCUACUCAGCGUGACCAUCGAGAGCCCGGUGGCGGUGCUCGCCCAGCUGAUCUUCAUCCCAGCCGAGGCCUUCGCACUAGCGAUCAACGUCUUGGCGGGUGUUUCUGUGUGCGAGGUGUUCCCGACUGCCGUACGUGGGACUGCAUUGGGCUGGUCCUUCGGCAUCGGCCGAGUGGGCGGCGUCUGCGCUACGUUCGCAUCGGUGCUGAGGAAUAUCGGUCGCGAGGACGUAUCGUUGGCCAUCGCGGCAUGUAUGAUGUUCCUCUCGCUGGCGGCGCUCAUCUGGAUGCCGGGAAAGAACACGGGCCCCACGAUCAACCUACGAAAGAUCUCCGUCACAUGCAGCCAAAGCCUGGAUCACAUGAAGAUGACGCUGGAGCCGCAAGAUUACCGGAAGCACGACAGGAGCCGAGCCAGCUACGACAGUAGGAAGUCCAACCUUUCGCUCUCGUCUCGAAAGCACAGCGACUUUUGGGACACUUAG